GGAAGAAAGUUGUUUGAAGAGAUCAUUAGAGCCACCAAAGAUUUUGAUGCUCAAUAUUGCAUUGGGAAGGGAGGAUAUGGAAAUGUAUACAAAGCAGAGCUGUCAUCAGGAGAUGUUGUAGCUGUGAAGAAAUUCCAUCCGUUGCAUACCGGUGAAAUGGCAGAUCAAAGACAGUUCCUAAAUGAGGUAAGGGCAUUAGUAGAAACAAGACACAGAAAUAUCGUGAAGUUCUAUGGUUUUUGUUCCUCUGCAGGUCAUUCCUUCUUAGUAUACAAGUACCUUGAAAGGGGUAGCUUGGCUUCAGUUCUCAGUAAGAAUGAAGAAUCUAAGAAAUUGGACUGGAACAAGAGGGUGAAUAUUGUCAAAGGUGUUGUUAAUGCCCUCUCCUAUUUGCACCAUGACUGUUCACCGCCCAUUGUUCAUCGAGAUAUAACAAGCAACAACAUUUUGCUUGAUUUGGAGUAUGAAGCUCACCUUUCAGACUUUGGCACUGCUAAGCUUCUCAAUCCAGAAUCAUCCAAUUGGAGUAAUAUUGCUGGAACAUACGGAUACAUCGCACCAGAGCUUUCCUACACCAUGCAAGUUACUGAAAAAUGUGAUGUGUUUCGUUUUGGUGUACUGGCAUUGGAAUUGAUAGUCGGGGCAUAUCCAGGUGAAUUUCUCUCUAAUCUAUCAAUUUUAACAGCAGAAAGCAUUCCACUAAACAAUGUAUUAGAUCAAAUUCUUUCGCCUCCAUCGCCAGAAGUUGUGAACAAACUCGUAUUCAUCCUAAAGCUGGCUGUUUCAUGUUUAAAUAUCAAUCCAAAAUCUAGGCCAACCAUGCACACGGUUUCUCAGCUGGUGUUUGACCACAUCUAG